AUGCAGAGGGUCAACCUAUCAACAGUAUCUGAAUUUGUCCUCGUAGGCCUUUCUGAUGCUCCAGAAGUCCGUUUUCUUCUCUUUGGGCUGUUUCUGAUCAUUUAUUUGGCCACCGUGGCAGGCAACAUCGCAAUCCUCAUCGCCAUUAGCACAGACCCUCGUCUGCACAAGCCCAUGUACUUCUUCCUCGGCAAUUUGUCCUUUCUGGAUAUCCUGUGUCCCACCAUCACUGUGCUGAAGAUGCUGGAGGCCUUGUUGCUUGAGAAUAAGAUGAUUUCGUUCACUGGCUGCAUGCUCCAGCUCUUCUUCCUCAUCAACGUUGUAGGGACAGAGAUUUUUCUCUUGGCUGUGAUGGCCUACGACCGUUACGUCGCGAUAUGUCACCCGCUGCAGUACGUGAAUGUCGUAAGCAUGAAACUGUGUGCUCACCUGGCCCUUGGCACCUGGGCACUAGGGUUUGGUAACUCCCUGCUGCACACCUCUUUGGUUUUUACGCUCUGUUUUUGCGAUUCUAACGAGGUUGACCAGUAUUACUGCGACAUUCCCCCCAUGCUGGCCCUUUCCUGCUCGCCUACUUACAGCAGGGAACUGGUCAUUCUCGCAGUCGCUGGGGUCCUUGGCAGCAGCGCCUUUGUGGUGACUCUGGUCUCCUACAUCUACAUCCUCUCGGCUGUCCUGUGCAUGAACUCUUCGGAGAGCAGGCACAAAGCUUUCUCCACCUGUGGGUCUCACUUGAUGGUCGUCUGCCUUUUCUACGGCACCACGAUUUGCACGUACGUACGGCCUUCCUCCACCUACUCGCCUAACCAGGACAGGAUAGUUUCCAUGCUCUACGGAAUCCUCACCCCCUUGCUAAACCCCAUCAUCUACAGUUUGAGGAACAAAGAAGUUAAAUGUGCCCUAAGAAAAGCGACCAGCCAG